AUGGAAAAGGCUGAAGACCAGAGUAUCUUAUCGAACAAGGUCGCGCCAUUCCUAAACCACCAACGAGAUCGCGUUCCUGCAGUACUCAUCGUCGGCGUAAAACGCCCGCAUUGCCUCACAAAAGUGCCGCAUCGUUACAACGUGCUGGCUAUAUAUCAAAAUAUAGAUAUAAGGUCGGAGAAGGUCAAGGGAAAGGUGGUAUGCAGAGUGCGGUCUGAGAUGAUUGACCUCAAGACGCCAAGCUGGUGCGGUGUUCAUGGAUCGCCCAGGUGGUAUUCAGUCUGGGAAAUGAGCAGUUGCCUAGCUACGCGAAUGACAGAGCCCACGCCUUUCGAUGUGCCCUUCGAUAUCGCUCGUUUUCGAGAUCAGUCAGCUCUCUACGUAUCGGCCUCGCCUAUCGCACCUUCCAGAACAGCGCCUAGCUUUCAGGCUUUUCCACCGAUUAUGCUAAGUAUGAGUACGACCAACUGCGGUGGAACGGGAUUGCGGAAUCCAAGGAAGACCAGCCUCAAACUACUAUCAAGCCUGGCAAGCAGAAAAAGCCAGACACGCUUAAGCUACCACGGGUUGUGGAAUCCAGAAGCUCUGACCAGCCUUGGUACUAGCCUGCUCCCGCUAGAAAACGCGGCUCAAAUCCUCCAAGAACAGAUUAAACGGUUUGGAGAAGAGCAGAAAGUAAAGGCAGGGCAGAGGGAUGAGAAAGUCGUUGACCUGGAAGAUACUACUGGUGAUAGAGUAUCGCAUCUCGAAGCUCAGGCCUCUGUCAACCUCGUCGAGCUCUCCAAAGUACCUUUCCAAAGCGCAGAAAGCCGAGGCAGAUGCCAAGAGUACAAUACAAAGCCUUCAAGAGCCGAUGCGAAUCAAGAGCCCAUAGACGAUGACAAAAUUGCGAGUACCGCCGGCCUCCGAUGCAACCCAAGCGGCUCAUCCAACGCUCUUCUAAAAGACAAUGAGAUCCUGAGCCCGACCUUUACAAGUCUCGGCACAGUACCAACCUCUCCAAAGCAAGCCGGGAACGCAAGUCUCUCGAAAACCAGGUUGCUGUUGAUUCAGCGAUUGGAUCGCUCGUACGUGAACAAUGAUGAUAGUGUGCAUAUUGAUGGAGUCGAUCAAGAGCGAGAGGUCGAAUGGGACAAACAUUCGAGCACUCUCAGCAAUGAUGAUGACGACGCGAGGGAAAGAAAGCAGUGCAGGCCCAGGAUCAUGGAAAAUGACUCAACCCACGACUUCAUCGGCGAACAGCUUGCCAAGGCAAACAAGCCGUACGCUUGUAUUCCACAAGAGCCGGAGGGGUAUAUGGAGAUGUCCAUGUUGACGGAGGAGAAGGAGGCGAACGAAGGUCGUGUCGAAGACUUUGGUAUCCGAUGA